AUGUUGGAAUACAAUGAAAAAUGUGAUGAUAGCUCUGACAAUUCCAUCGGAAACGAUUCUGAAUAUACGCAAGCACCGACCAUGAAACCGGUUUUCAUAAAGAGUGCUUGUCAGCCAAGUGAACCAGUAGAAUCAGAUUUGGAUAUAGAAAAAGGAAUGAAAACUCUAGCAUUGCUAACACAACGCAGUGAAGAACUGCAAAGAAUGGCUGAAGUUAUUGGAUUAGCAAAGAAGGAAAUCCGUGGACAAAUAGAACAGAAUAUGCAAAUGAUAAAUCAAGCUCUCUAUAAGAGGCGUGAAUAUUUGUUAAAUGAACUUGAUUUAUUAAUUGGUGCUCGAUGUGAUGCCAUUGGAAAAAUGCAAUUCGAGUUUGAAUCGCUUAUACAAAGGCUAGGCUCCCUCAUAGAGAUAUACAGAAGGCAACAAAACGAAAGAAAUUUAGAAUUCAAUGGAGAAAAACCAAUUCAAGGUACAGCAAGGGGAAAAAAAAUGUGCGCUGCCGAACUUGAAAGACUAAUUGAAGGGUUUGUUCCACUACAUCCUGCGGAAACUGAUACUCUUUCUUUUUUUCCAACUGAAUUGGAUCAACUUCUUGGUAUAAUUAAAAGGUUCGGAUCAAUCGGCCUUACGAGUAUUUCAGUCGAGCAUUCAACCUUAGAAGAACCAAAAGAUCUAACAGGUUCAUUUGUUCAAAGAUGCAGCACGAAAGAAACAGUAAAAAUUCCAGUAAUACUUCAUGAUUCUAUGGGACGAAAAAUACAAAAUCCCGAUGAAGCUGGGAUAUCAGCUAGUCUUACGUUACGCAUUGAACAUCCUUAUAAUAUUAAAAUGAGCUCUGAACUAGAAGAAAUAAAAAAUCCAUUUAAUUCUGAAGCUAAAUUAAAUGAAAAUCAAGAUAGAAGGUUAAAUGUUGUGUAUAGGAUAAACUACCCUGGAAUCUACGACUUAAAUGUUAAAGUUUUUGGAGAAGAUAUUAAAGGCUCUCCCUAUACAGUAUUAGCUAAAUCCACUUUAGGCCCUAACGCCAUCGAGUGGAUGGAAUGUAUGACUCACUUAAGUAGAAGCCAAAAUCGAAGACGAGUCAAACACAAGUUUAGAAAAGGCUACGUAUCAAGUCCAACACCCCACCAAAGUCCAGAAAGGCCACCAGCUCUAGCUGAUCAAGAUAUGGGAGAUAAAGGAGAUUUUUUAUUUUCUUGUGGAACCAAAGGAAGAUUAGAUGGAGAAUUUGCCAAUCCACAGGGAAUAUGCUUUACAAGGAACUCAAAAAUUGUCGUGGUCGAUAGUAACAACUCAAACAUACAAGUUAGUGUUGCCCUUAUUAAUAGAGUAUUAUUUUAA